AUGGCCGGACCUGGAAAUAAGAAAAAGAGACAGCACGAUGGUCGUCUACAACGGCCUUCAAAGAAGCAAAAGAGAAAGCAACUCCGCGACUACAACAGCGACUCUGAACCAGAGGAGGCGCAAGAGUUUGACGCUGUAAAUCUGCUCGAUUCCGACGACGAUAUUCACAAUGUCAAGGUGGACGAUGUUGGCGACUCCGACAAUGAAGUUUCAAGCUCAGAAGACGAGGGCGCUGCACCAAAGAAGCCCCUGAAGAAGACAAAAGCAAACGCCAAGAAUGCCCGAGACAGCAAACCAGAAGCUGAAUCCGACGAGGAAGAGGAAGACGACGAUGAUGACGAAGGCUCAGAGGACGACGAUGAGGAGGAGGAUGGCGAGUCCACAAACAAACGCAAAAAGUCAAAGCGAAACGACCCCAAUGCUUUCGCAACAUCGCUCUCCAAGAUUCUCUCCACCAAGCUAUCAACAUCCAAGCGAUCAGAUCCUGUCCUUGCCCGAAGUGCCGCAGCACACGAAGCCUCAAAGGCCGCCGUCGACAGCGCCCUAGAAUCUAAGGCGAAAAAGCAGAUGCGCGAGCAGAAGAAGCGAGCAUUCGAGAAGGGCCGUGUAAAGGAUGUUCUUAUCGCAACCACAAACGACGCCACUGGAGAGCUCGAGACAUCCACAUCCGAGAUUAUGGAGACAGAGAGGAGGCUACGAAAGGUUGCGCAGCGUGGUGUUGUCAAGCUAUUCAACGCUGUUCGUGCCGCGCAGGUCAAGGCUGUUGAAGCUGAGAAGGGUGUGAAAAAGGAGGGUGUCAUCGGUAUGAAGAAGCGAGAGGAAAAGGUCAAUGAGAUGAGUAAGAAGGGAUUCUUGGAAUUGAUCGCCUCAGGAGGCGGCGGGUUAAAAAAGGGAGCGCUUGAGGAGGCGUAA